AUGCAAAACUCCUUCCUGAUUCUCUCGGCUACCGUACUCAUCUCCACAGUAACCUCCACUUUCUUCAAUGGAGGCUGUGGAUGCCAACCACCACCAAUCUGUCUGCCACCACCACCUCCAAUGUGUUUCACUGAGAUUCAAUUGCCACCGAUUAGAAUUCCAGUGAUCCCUCUGCCACGUAUUGAGCUUCCACAACCAUGUUGUCCAACUUGUGCGUGUGGAAGAAAGAAGAGAGAAGUCGACACCGGAGUCGAGGAAGACACCACUGUUAGCACCAAAGAUGUCUCUUGCAAUGACGACGGACUUUUGGCUAUUAUGAAGAAGGAAAUGACGACCGGUGAGUCCUCUGCCGUCAAAAUCGCUCUUGUCGAGGCAGCCGAACAAGAGUUGGGAGGUCGCUUCACCGUAGUCUGCUCCCAAGGCGCUUUCUCAUUCGUCACAUCCACAACCAGCUACUGCCUCCACUCCCAGUCCGGACUCAAUUGUUAUCUUUUCAGAACGCAAUAG